CGUUGUCAUUUGGAGGAUCUAAAUGACUGAAUAUUGAGACAGAAAAUACGUAAUAUCACUGCAUAUGAUAAGUUUUAAAGAAAUAUAUUGCUAUUAACAAAAUGGUCCUGCUAGAAAAUGACGCGUUUUUAGUGGAGUUGACACGACUUUUCGACAAAUCUCGACUUUCUGGUUCUGUAGUACUUACUAUUAAAAGAUUUAAUGGACACAAUAAACCAAUACCAAGAGAAGGCAGACCUCCAUUACCAACACCAAGUGAAUUUUUUUGUUUAGUGAGAGCUACAUUGAGAUCAAAAAAGAUUUCUACUGUUAUACAUUCUAAGGAUGUAAAUAAGUUUCAACAAGCGUAUUGGAAUUUGUUAAAAUCAAAUAUCAAUGGUCUUAAGAAAUUGAAAAAAGUGAAAUCUGUAAAGCCUAAAGUUCAUUAAUUUGUGACAUUCACAGUGUAACAUUUAUAUAUUGUAUAUGUUAUU